AAAAGGAAAAAAAGAAAAAAGAAAAAAAAAAAAAGAAAAGAAAAUUCUUUGAUUGACCAACCACCCACCACCACCACCUAUGGCGGCAACGACCACCGCUGUAUUCUCCAUCUUCUUCGUCCUCCUCCCAUCUCUCUCCGCCGCCUCAUCGUCACCUUACCACUCCGCCGCCACACUUUUCCAGAACUACCACACCAUGCUCACGACUUUCAAGAUUUUCAUUUACACCCCUUCUAAACCCUUUGAUUUUCCCAACGCAGCCACCGCUUCUCUCUUCUACACCUCCCUCCGCCGCAGCCCAUUUCUCACCCACGACCCCACCGAAGCCCACCUCUUCUUCGUCCCCUUUUCCCCUGACACCUCCACGCGCUCUUUAUCGCGCGUUGUUCGAGAACUCAGAAAUGACCUCCCCUACUGGAAUCGCAGCCUCGGCGCCGAUCAUUUCUUUCUCUCCCCCGCCGGUAUUGACUUUUCCUCCGACAGGAAUGUUCUCGAACUCAAGAAAAAUUCCGUUCAGAUUUCCGUUUUCCCCGUUGUCUCCGGUUAUUUCAUCCCGCAUAAAGACGUCACCUUACCUCCCCUCAGCACAUCCACUCUCACGCUUCUCCACGCGCCGGUGGAAAAGUCAACGGCGACUUCGUUUCUGGGUUACCUGAGAUGGGACGGGGAGACGGAGUCACAAUUGGUCAACGAGUUGAAAUCGGACGCCGAUUUCUUCAUCGAGGAAAAAUCGGAGCCGCCGCCGCCGUUGAAUCACAUACGGGGUUUUACAGAGAGUAAGUUCUGUUUGUUUCUUUACCAUGGCGACGUGGCUUCGAUGGUGGAGGCGAUGGCGUGGGGCUGCGUGCCGGUGGUGAUUGUCGACCGUCCGAUCCAGGACUUGCCGUUGAUGGAUAUUUUGAGAUGGUCUGACCUAGCUUUGCUGGUUGCCACCCCUCCUCACGGCGGCGCCGCCGCGCGGCUGAAGCAGGUGUUGAAUGGGCUGAGUGAGGAGAAGUACGGUGAGAUGAAGGAAUUGGGUGUGGCGGCAAGUAAGCAUUUGGUGUGGAACGAUGAAGCUCAGCCGUUUGAUGCGUUUCAUAUGGUGAUGUAUCAGCUUUGGCUGAGAAGGCACGUCAUUCGAUACUCACGCAGUGAGAUUGUUUAGAGAGAUAAACAAUAAAGAGUUUUAAUUUAUGUUUGUACUUGUUGUUAAUAAUCAUGUUUGAUAAUCACACUUUAAACAAAAUGUGUUAUGUUGUAAAGAUUUUACUUUUUUCAUGUAUGAAUAAACUAAGAUUACUGAGGUUGUCUGAAC